UUGUAAGUUUGUUUGUUCCGUUUCAGCUUUUAUUUCUUGUACCUGAAGGUGAUAGGUGCUGCCACUUCUCUUCUUCCUCUCAUUGUUAUCUUUACUUUCUUAACUUUUGCGGCAAAAACGCCGUUUCUUUAUUAACAUGAUGAGUGGAAUAGAGCACUGUCAAGAGGAGGGCCACAUGGAAGAGGACAGUGGAGAGUUCCCAGGGCUGUAUAACAGGGAGAACGACUUUGCAGAGGUGGAUAUGGAGCCAGAACAUGAUGAGGAGGAGGAGAAGGAGAGUCUGAAGAAGAAGGAUAAACACAAGAAGGACAAGGCGCCGGGGUACGUGGCCUUCGAGGAGGAGGAUUCAGACGAAGAGAGCCCCAGUAAAGGAAAACGGAAGGGUUUGUUUCGCAACCGCUUCUCUCAGAACUCCAAGAGGAAGUUCAAAGACAAGGAGCGAGACAAGGACAAAGACAAGGAGAAAGAAAAGGCUAAGGAAAAGGAGAAGGAGAAAAAGGAAGAAAAGUCUCAUCAUAAGGAGAAGGAGAAGAAGAAGUCCUCCAGCCUGCCCCGAGACCUGACCCCAGACAUCUUAAGAUCCUACAGCUUUAAGGAGAAGUCUGGGAGGAAGCGGGAGGCUAAGGAGGCCAAGUCUCCGUCCCAGGCACAGGCUCUGUCAGCGGAUGAACUCAGCUCACCGGCCAGAGAGCCGCCCCAGCCCAUCUUCGGGAUCCCCCUGGAUGAGGCAGUGGAACGGUCCAAGCUGAUCGACGGGAUCGAAUUACCAGCCAUCUUCAGAGACUGUCUGGACUUCAUAGAGGAGAGAGGUUUGUCUACAGAGGGGAUCUACCGUAUCUCACCCGUGAAGUCCCAGGUCGACGCCCUGCGUGCUGCGUAUGACCACGGUGAGGUUGUCGACCUGCAGGACCAUGACCCCCACACGGUGGCGGGCCUCCUGAAGACUUACCUGAGAGAGUUACCUGACCCUGUACUCACCAUGGAGCUGCUACCUGGGUUUGAAGAUGCUUCAGCCCUACCUGGUGAGGAUGAACGAAUCGCUGCGCUGAUCCAGAUGUUAUACCAGCUGCCUACCUGUAACCGUUUACUGAUCACCUGGCUCAUACAGCACAUGGUGCACAUCAUGGACAGGGAAGCAGAAACCAAGAUGAACCUACAGAACAUCUCCAUCGUGUUGAGCCCCACACUGAACAUUAGCCACCGGGUUCUCAAUGCUUUCUUCUCGCACCACGAUCAGCUGUUUGGAGAUGACGGCAUCAGAAAGGUGGGCCGUCCCCUCCGAUGGGAGAGCUCUACCAUGAACUUGGAUGACAUUCCCGACAGCCCCAGUUCUAUUGAGGAGGAACUGCAGCGGCAGGAGGCGCUCUUGGAGCAGCUCCACUCGGAGCUUGGAGCCGGAGUGGAGGAUCCGGAGAAGGAGGAGAGACUCUGGGAGGUGCAGCGGAUCAUCACACAGCUCAAGAGACAGCUGAAGCGGGCCAAAACAACCUACGCUUCAUCUGCUGCCAAAACCAGCACCAAACAGAAGGAAAAGGAAAGCAAACCAACAGAGACCAAACCGAAGGAGAAGGACACAAAAGAACCAGAGACUAAAUCAGCUGCUAUAGAGAAGCCAGCCGAGGAGAAACCAGCAGAAAAGAAAGUAACUGAGAAGAAACCAGCACAAAAGAAACCAGCUGAGAAGAAACCGGCAGAAAAGAAACCAGCACAAAAGAAACCAGCAGAAAAGAAACCAGCUGAGAAGAAACUAGCUGAAAAGAAACAAGUUGAGAAAAAGUCAUCACCAGCUGAAGCAGUGAAGCAGGAGGAAAAGAAGGUGGAAGAAGAAAAAGAAGAAGAAAAGGAAAUCGAGAAACCUUCUGACCAGAAGGAAGAGGUUAGCAUUGUUGCUAAGGAGGAGGCAGAAGAACAGAAAGAGAAGGAGGAACCGGCAGCAGCUGUGGAGGCAGCAGUGGUCCAUCAGGAGGAGGAGAAGGAGAAGAUGAAGGAACAGGAAGAGGAGGAGGAAGAUGAUGAAGAGCUGGAGUUGUUGCUGGAGGAAGAGGCAGCCCUGAUAGCUGAGCAGGAGGAACUGAUGGCUCUACAGACCAACCUGCAGUCCAGAAUAGAGAAGGAAAGGACAGAGAUUGACCAAUUGAAGGAGGAGAUCGCCGAAGCAAUGAACAGCAGAGAGACAGCGUCGCCCCCACAGCAGAACGGGAUGCACAGCAGCAGCAGUAACAGCUCAGACAACAGCAGUGACAGCAGCAGUGAGGAUGAAGAGGAGUUACAAGACAUCCUGGAUGACCUUGUCAAGGAGAACCAAGAACUGGAGACCAAAAACUCGGACCUUAGUCUAGCGAUCGACCGUGAGCGCCAGCGCUGCAUCCAGCUGAAGGUACAGAUCAGGAUGCUGCAGAGAAGAGAGGAGCUGGGAUGUGGGGAGGACGGACAGACUACAGAUGGUUCUGUAACACGGCCAGUCACUGUGGACAGGGAGACAACGCUAUAGACAAACUUAACACUAGCUGUAUGGUAUAUGUCAUCAUAUAUUAUUUGUUUGUUCGUUUUUUAUUAUUUUUGAUAGUUCAGAAGUACUAGACUACAUUCUGUCACUGCAGACAGAGAGAUAAUGCUACAGACAACCUUUAUGGUAUAACCCAUAACAUAUUAUUUGUUUGGUUUUGUUAUCUUACAGUAUAACACUAGCACAUCAAGCCACUAUGGACAGGUAGAAUACCUUUUAGGCAAUUGCAAACUUUCUCUUUUCAAGACAUUAUCUAUAACAUUUUGUUGGGUUUUGACAGUUUAGGUGGACGAUGUGCAACCCUUACCAGCAAUGUGCUGGUUGGAGUAUAGCUGCAGCUUAUUCAGCUAGAGCCAUUCUGAUAAGACGGGCUUUGACCCGUAUAAGGAAGGGCAGGUAACCAGUUUGCUUGGUCACAAGCAAAGACAAUUCAAGAAUCUUUGUAUGUCUAACAGAUAUAUUAAGAUUCCUGAACAUACAUGUACAAGAAAAAGUUCUUUUGAAUAAUGUGGUAUUUACCGUACAUUCGUUAAGAAGUUCUUUUGAAUGACAUGAUGUUUAAUGUACAUUUGAUAACAAGUGCUGCCAACAUGCAUAGCAGUACAUUAAAAUGUAUAAACUGCCUCUGUAAGGUAAGCUAAAACUAUGUAGUGUUUAACGUGUAGAUGUGCAAUAAUACAAUGGAAAUA